AUGCGAAUAUCACGAAGAUUGAUUCGAGAAGAAGUUGAAAAUUUAGGUAAGUCAACUCAUUUCUUACCAGUACAAUACGAUGUACCAAAGCGGAUUAUACAACAAGAAAAUGGCAGUAGCUUAAGUGCUACUGCUGAUGGGUUAACUCCUUCAACCAGUUUGUCUGGUAGUGAAAAUUUCACUACACCAACUCCAACCCCACCAAUCAGCACCACUAGCAACAGUGAUGCAUUUGCUCCUCCACAGCCGCAUCAACAGAACCAUCUACUAAGUAAUGGACCAGCGAUUGUUCACUCCCAUGCCCACUCCCACUCCCACUCCAACCCUCCUCUUCACCCCCAUACCCAAGAACAAGCAAAGAGAUCACUCUUGAAUAUCGAAAGCUUGAUCCAUAAUAAUCACAAUGAAGAUCACUUGGAUUUCUUAAAUGGUACUGAUUUAAACAUGUUGACCAAUGACUUGUCAAACUUGGUUAGUGAAAUUAUGGAAUUUCAAAAUAUCCCAUUUCAAGAGGAUUUCCAAUUUGAUUUCUUUAAUGAAGUAUCGCAUAACCACGAAGAAUAUAUUGUGAAUGUCCCCAUUGAUUAUAUAAAACUCAAACGGAAACACGAAAUCUUAUACUUGGAACAGUUUUACAACAACUUUGCCAACAUUAUUGAACCUUUUAGUGCCUACCAUUCACAAACGAAAAUCACUUCAAAUCCGGCAAGAGAUGUCAUUUUAAAAACGGCUAGUUCUGAACCAUGUUUACUUGCAGCUGUACUUGCAGAAGGAGCAAAGACAAGUUUUAUGAAGUACAAACAACCAGAAGAUGAAAAGGCUUAUGGUGCAUACUUGACCAAGUGUUUGAAAUUGCUUGAACCAGCUAAAGAAAUCACAAACAUUAAUGCCAACAUCGAGGGGGUGUUGCUAACAUUGCUUUUACUUACGGCAGCAACAGCCACUAGUACUCAACAAUGGCGUCCUCAUUUGACUGGGUGUAAGGAUCUUCUUUUGAAAAUAUCUACAACCAAUGUGGCAAACAUUUCCAAAGUGUUUGUGUUUUGCAAAUACUGGUUUCUUUCCAUUGAAAUAUUGGCCGGGUUGAGUACAAACAUUGGUGGUACAUUACAAACGGACUAUGAAAUUGAUCAUUUAAUGUCGUGUGGCACCGAUCACGAAAUUGGCAUUCUUUGUGAAUUGGGGAUAAUUACCGAUCAAGGGUUCAACAAUCUUAUGGGAUUUCAUAAUACUUGUAUAUCCUGUUUCCGCGACUUACUUAAAUUGCUCAAUCGGUAUCGAAUAAAUGGAUCGUCAUCAUCAUCAAUAGCCGAUAUCAUGCAAAAUAUCAAGAUUCUAUCUGAUUUUCACCAACAAGCGGCAAUCAUCUACAUUGAUUCCAAGGGCGUCAUUCCUGAAUCUGAAUUGCACAAGUACACACCCGGUCUCCCCAUUGAAGAAAUAAGAAUUGGUGAACAGAGAUUUUGGUUAAGUUGGCAAGACAUAUCACACCAAUCAUUUGUCCUUUCAUCAAUAAUCAUGAUCUUAACGCGGUUUUUCCAAAUGGGGCCCAAUAAUCCCAACGUUGCGCAAAUCGUUGACAAAAUUGUGUCCUUCAUUUACUACCUUCAUAAUUUCUCCGAUGUACAACAACAUGCAUCUCCCUUUUUGCUUUUGAUGAUUCAAUGGCCGUUGCUUGUGACUGGGUUGCAUGCAACACGUGAAGAACAACAGUUGCUUUUGUUAAAGUAUUUUGCCAUGGUGGGACAGAUUGGCGCUGCUACUGCUAAUGUGUCGGUCAAGAUGUUGAAGAAACAAUGGAAGGGAACAUCGUCAUUUGAAGCUGGUGAUACUCUCAUAUAUUAA